CCCGCCAUAUUCCAAUCCCAUUACCUUGAAAUGAACCUCCUUCAACCUCAUUCCUCUUUCUCUCUCAUCUCUCAACAAUCAAUCCCUCUCCAUAAAUUCAAGCCCUAAUUUGCAGGUUUAAUUAUCCCUAAUCAUUCAAAUAAUCAACUUUCAUCAAUGGAUAUCACUGAUAUAGCAAAGAAGCUAGACCUUGCCGACAACAAACCCGUCAUCCGUAAAGCGGCUGAGUUCCGCCGCCUCUCCGACGUCAAGUUCGAUUCCUCCGCCAUCGGCAUCGGGGAGAUUUGCAAGGCUAUCAUUUGCUUAGAAAUUGCCGCUAACAAAUAUGAGGUUAUAUUUGAUCGGCAAAGUGCGAUAAGAUUAAGUGGGAUGUCAGAGAAAGCUUACAACAGAUCGUUUAAUUCUUUGCAGAAUGUUCUUGAUGUCAAGAACACUUUGGAUGUGCGAGAACUGGCAAUUCAAUUUGGAUGCGUUAGGAUUAUCCCUUUUGUGCAGAAAGGAUUGAAAUUGUAUAAGAGCCGAUUCUUUGCCUCGCUCCCAGCUAGUAGGAGAAGUAGCACUGAUUUUGGUCGACCUGUGUUCAUGGCUGUGGCAUUCUAUCUAUGUGCUAAGAAACAUAAGCUUAAGGCUGACAAAACUAAGUUAAUCGAGAUUUGUGGUACUUCAGAAUCAGAAUUUUCUAGUGUUUCUAAUUCGAUGAAGGACCUGUGUCAUGAUGUUUUUGGAGUUUUGAAAGAGAAGAAAGAUCCCAAAGAAGUAAAAGGGAAUCGAGAAUUAUUGGAUGCUUUUCCGGAAAAAAGGGCAUAUGAGGAUGGUGGCUAUAUAUCCGAUGAAGAGAAAGAGCCUUCAAGCUACAAGAAACGAAAACAAAUGGACAAACAUGUUUACGAGGAGUGGAAAUCAACUGUAGUUUCAUCAAUUAACCAGGAAAAAGACAAAGAUGUCACUACCAAGCGGACAAAGCAAGCCCGCUUGAACUUUCCAACGAUGACUCGUGAUACUCAGGAUUUGAAGGUCACAUAAUCCACAAUACACAUUUUUGUCCAGUGAUAGGUUUUAGAAGGUAACUUAAUCCAUGUUCAUUGGAGAAAGAAGCUAGAAUUCAGCUUCCAAUCUCUCCUCAAAGUUCUUCAAAUGCUGUAAUUGUUCCUAAGCCUUCAUGUUGCAUUGUACAGAACAGAUAGAAUCAAGUUUUUAACAUCACAGUCAACAUACAAUUAGCUUAAAGUAACUUAUGGUUUAUUUUUAUGUUAUAAAUCUGAAGAUAAGAUUGUUUUAUGUAAA